GAGCUGUGCCGUUGUAAAGGCGAGGGCUCCGCUCUUCUAGAUAAACAGAUCUCCAGCAGGACCAAUUAAGUUAUCGGGGGAUUACGCUGGUUCUUGGCCAUCCACGCCACUAUUUAUUUCUGCAAUGUUGUCAUCAAUGGUGAAGGACCAUCAAGCAAGGCAGCAAGCCAGGAAGGAGGAGCAAGAACGACGUCGAAAGGAAGCCAUUCAGGCCAGCAGCAACCUGACCCAUGCCUUGGUGGACCAUCUCAAUGUUGGGGUAGCACAGGCCUACCUCAAUCAACGGCGCCUUGACAGUGAGGCAAUCCAGCUGGAACAGAAUGCAACUAACUUCCAGCGACAGACAUCCCAGUGGCUUACUCUGGUAUCGUCCUUCACUGACUCCAUGAAGGAAGUAGGCCACGUACAAAACUGGGCCACCACUAUUGAGGCAGACAUGCGCACCAUCUCCACAGCUCUUGAGUACGCCUAUAAGGUGGAGCAGCAGAGUGGCAGCGGGGGUCCGGCCACCUGAAGAGAGCCUUGGCAGGGGCUGCUUGAGAGACAUCUUGUGAUAUUUGGGAAGGAUUUGACUGUUACUUAACCCUUUCACUGUGACACAAAACAACUAGCAGCACCAGAAGCAAUGUGUUAAGUCUUUAUAAGCACCUACAAGAAAGUUAUGGAUGAAAAAAGAAUAGAUUUUGCAAUUUCUAUCCAGUUCAAAGUUUAGGUGUGGCUGUAGAACAAGUAAAGAUGUUGUCUCAUACUGAUUGGUAAUUAGGGAAAGGUAUACCAAGUGGCAGUCAAAGGGUUAAGUGUUUGUAUUUGAUUCCAAUGAACUGUGUAUGCUUUUAAUAUUGAUUUUAGAUUAGGCAGAAUGAUUCUCAUAAAGUGAUGUGGAUUCCUGUUUGUGCUGCAAUGUAAGAUUUUGAUUGCCAUAUGAAAUUCGUUAAUGAUUGCAAUAUGGAAUUUGUUAAGAGUACAUGAAGGAGUGUUUGUGAAUGUAGACAUGUUGCCCCAAGAGAUGUAGUUGUGUUGUCCUUAACAGAGGGUCAGUCUGGUGUGUAGAUGAACCAAUUGUAUAUCUGUCUUUGAUGUUCUUUAUAAUUGAAGCUAGAGGAGUUCAUGUUUACUUCAGGGAAAUCUGUAGACAGUCAUUAUACUAUAUUUACUCAGUUUAUUAUUUAUGAUAUUAGGUUUGUCUCAUUUAUUGCUAUAUGUAUGAUUGUAUAGUGUUAUGUUUUCCUUUUAAUAUGUUUUCAUAGUCCUUAUCAUUCCUAUAUUUAUUACAGAGCAUUGCAUUUUGAAUCUGAAAAUAAAUAUAUCUUAAGUA